AAGUGGUGAAAAUAUGUAUGAAAAAAGAUAGUAAGAGUAUAUAAAGUUCCAAAUGAGAGUGGUGAUAUCCUAUGUAUUUCGUCUAGCUCCUGGCAAUAGAUUGUCUCGCUUUACGGAUAAAUUGAGAGAAACGUUUAGAAGAUGAAAGUUUUCUCUUUGGUACGUUUUCUUGUUCUUUUUGCUCGACAACUAAUGCUGAUUUGGUAGUCAAUUGUGAAGAUGAUGAAGAAUGGCUGUUUUCCAAGGAUCCGAUUGUUCUUUCAAUAGAUUUACCUUCAUCGAUCCAUCUAUUGAUACCACCGCGAAUGGUAUACGAUUCAACGCCAAACUUGCGAAGAAUACUGUUUGCACUCCUGGAUGAACCACCAUGCUCGCAAACCACUAAGAUCUUUUUACCUUCGUAUUCCUGAGCAACCUGACGAAGUUUUUCAUCAAGAAUUGGCCAUUGUCUUGCCAUUUCACUUGCAUUGAGGAAUGGAUUUGGUGCACAAUUUGGAUAUAUAUCCUCUAAAACUGGGAUGUUUAAUGAAGAAGGUAUACGGAACUGAUUAAACAUGUUGCUACUUCUAAGAUCCAGUACUCGAGUCAGAUCUUCUUUGGCUAACACUAUUGCUUCGUCUGGAUGUAAUUCCCAUGCGUCCAAAUAAGGAUAUUUAUCUACGCCUAACAAUUCACUGUUAUGCAUUGGUGCGAAGAAUGAUUCACCGAGUUUCUCUUUGUAUUCGUUGAUGUAGACGUAUGGCAAGUCACAACAAAUGAAAACACAAUUGACGAAACCAUCUUCACUUCUGAGCUUGUCAAGAUCAUUGUUAUUCUUGGCGCGUUCGAGGUAGUUGUAGAGACCUUUCAAGUUCUACAAGACAGUUGUCAGCUUUUAUUAGUUAAAAAGGAGGAUCAACGCACAAAUCCAGAUGAAGGACCAGCCAGUAAGCCAUUCCUGGACAGCCACAAGGACAAUUCGUAAGAAUCCUUGCUACCAACUUCUUCAACUGUAUCAAUGGCACUCCUCCAGUCAUACCAUGUAACGGGCUUUAACAUUGAUAAAGCUCUUGGACCUGGUACUCUAUCACCCGCGGAUGUACAUACGCCGACGUUGAUAAUAUCUGGUUUGCUAGCUGAUAUGACGAAAUUAAGACGAGAUCAAACUAAAUAUCAAGACAACUCACCUUUCAAGGCGUUACCGGUUCCAGUCAUAGUUCCAGAAGUACCCAUUCCUGCACAGAAGAUGUUAAUAUCAGGUUUCUGUUUGAGGAUCUGAGGAGCAGUCCAUCUAACAUGAGCAUUUGGAUUCUCAUCGUUAGCGUAUUGGUCUGGGUUGUAAGAGUACUCUUGCUUUCCUCGGUUGGCGGCGUGGUAAAUCCCACCGUCGACGUCCUCGCUUAGAGGUUGGCUUGGUCCAGGGAAAAAUGUCAACUCCAAGCCGAAGAAGCGCAAUAGGUCAAUCUUGCUAUUUGAAGUUUUAUUUGAUAAGUUGGCAAUCGUUGAGUUAAUCCCCAUUCUAUAAGAGUUUAAUCAUAUGUCAAUUUAUUCUCGAAUCAACUCACUGUCUAGCAAUCACACCUAAAGACAUAAUAGUACUACCGGAGCUGUAUUCAACAAUUUCCUUUGUCAAACCAUCUUUUAUCAUAUUCGUGCUCUUGGCCUUUUCGAGCAUGUUGAACGCCGGGAACGCUUUGACGUUAGAUAGGGGAUGGGCAGAGUGUAAUUUAGCCCAAAUGCGAACUUUAUCAUUUGAGAACUGAUGAUUGGGUAAUUCAACCAGUGGAGUAGGAGGUGUCCUGUCAGGGUGGAGAUAGUUGUAGAUAGCGUCCUGACCGCUAUAGACGUUGUUCUCUUUAUCGACCGACAUUGUUGUUUUCUUUCAAGAGAAGACUUUGGAGUUUAUGCGAUGACCUGGAGGGUCUCGUUUAAUCGAUGGAAGACAAACUUAAUUGAACCCUGAAAUGACUGUGCGGUAACGUCUGAUGGACUGUACCUCAAUCCUCAUAGUUUUAUUAAAACUGUCAUCACACUCGUUCUUUCACCCCGAAUAUGGACAGAGAUCAGAAUAGUAGCGUACAUCAUUCCGAAUCAGAUAACAGCAUCAAGAAGGAUAUAAUAAAUGAGGAUAGCCUAGCUCAUAAACGCACCGAUGCAGAGAAACAAAUAACUGAUCAGACUAAUUACUUGCCAAAGUCUAGAAUAAUUAUGGUUUUCAUCGCAUGCAGCUCGGUUGACUUUCUAGCUCUAAUGGAUCAAACGAAUGUCGCUGUAGCUUUAAACACAAUCGCUAGCUCACUUGGAUCCGGUAGUCAAUCAUCUUGGAUCGCCUCCGCCUACUUUCUGACAUCCACCUCAUUUCAACUUUUAUAUGGAAGAUUCAGUGAUAUAUGCGGAAGGAAAACUAUUCUUAUGAUCGGUUUAUUUAUUUUCUUUGUCUUUACUCUUGGUAGCAGUUUGUCCCAGACUAUGACGCAAUUGAUCGUAUUCAGAGCACUAACCGGUAUGGGUGGUGGUGGAUUAAUGUCACUCUGUCAGGUUAUUGUAUCCGAUGUCGUUAGUCUUAGAGACAGAGGAAAGUAUCAAGGUAUUUUAGGAGCAGUCGUAGCAUUAGCCAAUGGUGUUGGACCCGUAAUCGGUGGUGCGUUUGCAUCAUUCCAAUGGCGUUGGAUUUUCUGGUUGAAUUUGCCAAUUUGCGCCGUCACAUCCGCGAUGGUCUGGUUUAUUAUGCCGUUGAAGAAAGUAGAAGGAAGUUGGAAGGAGAAGCUAUUUAGAAUUGAUUUCUUUGGUGCAUUCCUCACUUUACUUAGUACAACACUUAUCAUUCUAGGUUUAACCUGGGCUGGUUCGGAGUAUCCGUGGGACUCUGCUCAUGUUUUGGGUACAUUGAUUAGUGGAAUUGGUGUUGCAAUAAUCUUUAUUGCCUGGGAGGGUCUUUUCGCUCGUAUUCCAGUUAUGCCCCUUUACAUCUUCCGUUGUCACCGUAUGGUUAAUGGUGCAUGUCUUACACAAUUCAUUAACGGUUAUUUAUUCUUAACACAGACAUACUACCUUCCUAAAUUUUAUCAAUUGGCAUAUGGUUACUCUGGUGUAAAAUCUGGUGCUAUGCUUCUACCAUUAAGUUUAGUACAAACUGCAAGUAGUACUUUGGGUGGAUUACUUGUCACAUGGAUUGGUCGUUAUAGAGAGAUUGUACUCCUUGGUUGGGCAUUAUGGGCUACUGGAAUGGGUUUAUUAUCCACGCUCGACGAUCAUACUGGUGUUGACAAACAAGUCGGUUAUUCGAUUCUUACAGGUUUUGGUGUGGGUUUGACACUCCAAGCGAGCUUGGUUGGUGUACAAGCUGCGGUUGAACGCAAAGAUAUGGCAGUUAUCACUUCGGUUAGAAAUUUUGUCAGAAACCUUGGAGGUACACUCGGCUUGGCAAUUUCUGGAACGACUUUGAAUACCGUUUUUAGAAGCUGGAUGCUUGCAAACGGUCUCUCUGAAUCUUUGAUAAAAACUCUGAUCAAUAAUCCAGAAGAAGGUCGUAAUAAUCUCGAUGAAGAUACCACUGACUUAGUUAUAUCUGGAUAUAGACAGGGAUUUAGGAUAAUAUUCUUAACCUGUGCUGGUUUAGGUGGUCUCUCAUUUAUUUUGGCCUUCCUUCUUAUGCCUCAGAUCUCACUGGACCGUGAUGAUGAUCAAAAAUUGAAAGAUGAAGGUAGAAAGUGGGUUGAAGAAGGCAAGAACAAGAAGAGAAUGAAGAAGGAGGGUAUAAAGGAUGAAAAACUUGAUACAGACACUCAAGGAUGAGAAUCUGGACGAGAAGCAGGAUGCUAAUCGAACAGUAGAAGUUGAUAGUUUGGUUCUAGAGGAACAUAAAAAGGGGGAUGAAGUUUCAAACCCCAAAGUAAAAUAGUUAUAUAUCAUGCAUAUUAUUAUUAGUCG